ACACAGGACUGCACCCUUUAUUGCAGCCUUUAUUGCAAAGACACAGUACUGCUGUGAAUACAAAAUGGCAAACCUCAUCAUCUGCAGUGUUCUGGUCACUGGUUCUAACCGUGGAAUUGGCCUGGAGUUAGUGAAGACGUUUCUCAACAAACGGAAUCCACCAAAAUAUGUCUUUGCAGCAUGUCGGAAUCCAGAAACUGCUCAGGAACUCAAGUCAUUGACCUCCAAACACUCAAACCUUGUUAAUGUCAAGAUGGAUGUAACAGACAAAGCCAGCAUUGAAGAUGCCUACAGUGUAGUAAAGGAGACUCUGAAAGGACGUGGACUGAACUUGCUGAUCAAUAAUGCUGGUAUUAAUGUCUACCACUCAGCUGAUGAAACUACAUCAGAGGACAUGAUGAGAGUUUAUGAAACUAAUACUGUAGGACCAAUGCUGGUUACUCAGAUAUUUGCUCCCUUGCUGAAGAAAGCCGCACAAGAAAAUCCUAAUGAAGUAAUGAGCUGCAGCAAGGCUGCUGUGAUCCACACAUCCAGUAGUUUAGGGUCUUUAGAAAGCACUACUCAUUUGUAUCCAACUGCUCUUAUAGAAUACCGCUGCAGCAAAACGGCGCUGAAUAUGUUAACACGAUGUCAAGCUGAGGCCUACAAAAUGUAUGGGAUUAUUGCUGUGGCCUUCGAACCUGGCUGGGUCCAGACCGACAUGGGUGGUCCAAAGGCUGAAUUGAAGCUGCAUGAGAGCGUGGGGGGGAUGAUGGAAGUGUUUGAUACCCUGACAGAAAAACACAACGGAAUGUUUCUGGACUAUAAGGGACUGACUUUACCGUGGUGAGCUGGAGGUGACUCCUCCAAAACAACAUGGAGCAUUUGUCUUUCAGCGAUAGAUGUCUGUUAGUGUCAAUGGGAAGUGUAUGAUCCGUACUACAGAUUCAUGUAAUUCUGAAUGUAGACCAUAACAAUUUCAAAGGCAUUUUUGUGAAAUGAUUACAUAUUUUUUUUUAAAGUUGAAAACUGCAGCUGGUCCAUAAUCAUUAAAAAUAAACCACAACACACUAUAAGAUA